UUAGUUGGUGGUCUGGCCGACACUUCUCAUAUUGCGCUCUCGGUUGAGCACCGACGCGAGGUGAAAAAGUCAUCUGGAGCAGCAGUCUCGGCAGCGUCUCGCCGCGGUUUGCUUCUUUCUUUCUUUGUCAGCGCAGACACUGAACUGGGUCGCCGGAAAGGAUUGUGAUUUUUCGAGACCGGGCGCCAACAAUGGGCAGUUAAUUUUCGCGACGCAAUUUGCUUAACGCGCGCUGCAGAAUGCCGGAGAGCGUCAACAAGGCCGGCAGAGCAGGACCGUCAUCCCUGCCGACGUUGCGGAACAAUCCGGCCAAAUCAGUCGCCGAGCUGAGGAAUACAAAUCAGGCGGUCGAGGUGCGCUUGAAGAAGCAACUCGACGACUGCGAGAGACGCAGAAAAGACUUGGUCGUCCUCAACCAAAAGAUCUCUCGAGAAAAUGAAGCUCUUCAAAAGAAAUACCGGAGCAUCGCGGCCGAGUUCAACAACCUCAAAGAAAACUACCAGAAAAAAGUCUCCGAUUAUGGCAAAUUGCAAAAAGCCUCGGAGACCGUUUGUAAAGAGUACGAAAAGUUGGCCGAGUUGUACAAAGUCGAAACGUCUGCGAUGCAGGGUGCGAUUGAAAAGGCGUCCGGGUGGUACAAGGAAAACAGAGCUUUGAAGAGGCAGAGCGCCAUGCUUGUGCAAAAGUACCUGCAAGUUUCUCCAAAUGGGUUCACGGAAGAUCUGAGUACCAUUCCCGAAAAUGAGAACGACAAGAAGAUUUUCGACGAGCUGGAUUCCCUGAGAAAGGGUCAACAAGAUUUGGCGUCGGAAAACUCGAUUCUGCAAGUGGAGCUGAACGCAGCCAAGUUGGACGAGUUCGAGGCGCAGGAAAAGCUGAUCGAAACGUCCGUGUGGCUGGAACAGGAAAAGCAGAACAGAGCGAAGCUCGAGCUGGAGUUGAAGGAGAUGCGCGAGCGACACGCCAACCUGGAGAAAAUAACGAGCGUGCAAACGCAAGAGUACAAAGCUCUGCAGGCGAAAUUCGAGGAGGAAAAGAAGCUAAUUAGCGACGUCAAAAAGGAAGCGGGCAAAGCGAGAAAGGAACGAAACGUUCUGGCCCACCAAAGUGCCCUGCUCAUGGUCGACGUGGCUGGGAACGACAGGCUCAUGCUUUUGCUCCAGGAGGUGGAAAAUCUCAAAGCCAAACUCGAGGAAGAGAGUAAUAAACACAACGAGCAAGUAGAGGAAUUACAGUUCAAAAUAUCCGAAAUGCAAUCGGAAGGUCGAGUGGAAGCUUUGGAAGAAAAGCUGCGUCUUGUGGAAACUGAGCUUGAGUGCGAACAGAAAAAGAGCGCCAGACUGGAGGAAAAAGUACAGGAACUGGAGGCUGGUGGCUCGGCUCCUCCACCACCACCGCCACCUUCAAUGGCAGGCCCACCACCGCCUCCACCUCCACCACCCCCGGCUGCCCCUCUACCGCCACCACCUCCAAUGCCUCCUGGAGGCCUCGCACCAAGUGGCUCCUUGAAAAUCAACAAAGCUGAGAAAAAGGUGGAAGAACCUGCUGCUGGAGCCGCGAUCGAUGACGUCAUCAAUCAAAUCAGGGGUGGCAGAUUUACCCUUAGGUCCGCUGUCAAGAGGCCAGUGCAGAAACCUUUGGAGAAACGAAACACCGAAGCCGUGGAGGAAAUGAUGAACAUUUUGGGAGCCAUGAAGAGAGGCAACAACUUGAAAGAAGCUUUGAAGAAGAAUUCCGCCGACUGAGAAACACACUUGAAUUUAUUUAUGAAAAAAGUGCCUUCAUUGUUGUUUUAGAAAUAAAUUUUAGAGUUUGAUACCUGAAA